AUGGAUACUACUAAGGAUUCUCAGUGGAGGUAUUCAACUUCAUCACAUAUUCCUCUAUCAGUACAAAUAAUUGUAAUCUCUGCGGUUCUUACUUCUCUAUGCUGUGCCUUUCAGCGUCUAUACUUCCAUCCGCUGUCCAAAAUUCCAGGACCAAAGCUAGCUGCCGCAACAUCCUGGUAUGAAUUUUAUUACAACGCAAUUCGAGAUGGAACAUAUAUCAAGACUUUUGAUAAAAUGCACAAAGAAUACAAUUCUUCGGUCGUCCGAAUUGCUCCCAAUCAUGUCCAUGUCAAUGAUCCGGAAUUUUAUUCACAGAUGUUCAACAACAGAACAACUUAUCGAAAGGACCCAGAUUUUUAUAAGCAGAUAAGCCUGUCCGAGUCUCUUCUUUCCAUACUAGACCCACACGAACAUCGUCUACGGCGACAAAAAGUCAGAUCUAUAUUCUCGUCAAAAGCUGCAGAUUCGAUGGCACCAGGUAUUCUCGCAAUCACUCAGGAAGCGGUCAACGUCAUGAUUAAGCGUGGAGAAGAGAAAAGACCUAUUGACAUGCAUCGACUCUGUCGCUCCAUUUCCGCGGAAGUAAUAUUUAAAAUACUUUUUGACAAACGUCAAAAUCUCUUAAGCUCACAGGAAGAGCAACCGGAAUUAUUGGCAAGCAUGGAUGCCUUCUUGAACAAUUUUUGGAUAUUGAAAGCAUUCCCGGUCGUUACGUGGUUGGCAACAAACCUACCUGAUUCGCUAGCCCAGAAGACAGUUCCCGGAUUUAAAGAUAUUAGAGAUAAAUGCACAAAAUGGGCCACAAUGGCUGUUGCACGACAGAAAUUACGCGAAAUCACCAAAGAUGACUCGUCAAAUACCUUCUUCGAUCUUCUUCUCGCUUCAACUCCCGAUGAACCGCGUUCCGAAGUUUCCAUACCAGACUUGUCAGACGAGGCGUUCUUAUUCGUACUUGCAGGGACUGACACUACAGGAGCUACAAUUGCAAAUGCUUUAUACUAUAUUCUCUCUUCACCAUCCGUUUCUUCUAAAUUGCUAGACGAACUAACUGCUAACGGUAUUACAUCGCAAGAAACUUUUGAUUGCAGCCGAGUUCAAAGAUUACCAUAUCUGACGGCAGUUAUCAAGGAAAGUAUGCGUGUUCAUACUUUGGUGCCAGGUUUUCUUCCGCGUAUUGUACCCGAUGGGGGGGUAGUUAUAGAUGGACAUUUCAUACCAGCAGGUACAGCCAUCACACAAACCCUUUUAUCACUUCAUCACAACGCGUCUAUCUUUCCUUCGCCCGAAAAAUUCGACCCCGAACGAUGGGUUAGGGACGAAGAGAAAGUAUUAGAAAAGUAUUUCGCUCCAUUUAGCAAAGGUUCAAGAGGUUGUCUUGGCAAGAAUCUUGCGAUUGAAGAAAUACAUAUAGCACUUGCGCUUUUCAUUUCCCGGUUCGAAUUGGAGCUCUAUGAGACAGACGCUAGAACUAUGGAGUGGGUAGAUCGUGCAAAUGCGAGUAAUAGAUCGACCGUUAAGGUGCUUGUUAAGCGCGAUAGAUGGGCCGAUAAUUAG